GCCUCUGAGGGUGUCGAAGCUGGAAAGGGCCGCCCCUAACUAACGUCGCCGCUGUCUUUGUUCCACACCUCCACCAACGGUCCGAACCCAGUACACCUUCCCCCGCAAGUGACAGAUCUGGUUGAAUAUACGCACCGACCAUCAUCGAAUAAGCGUGGGCCCGUGCCAUAGGCGUAUACCCUCCCUUCAUCGGUCUCUGACCAUGAUGCCUCCCACCAUGGCGUUGAACAGUCGCACUUUCAACCCAGCCCAACCGGCGAAUACUUUCCGCUCUCAGUGGAAACAUCCAGGCGAUGUCUUCACGAUCUUGCUGAUUAUCGGAGGUGACGUCGUUGCUCGCGCCCUUGCUCAGCUCACGGGCUCUCCUUUCACGCCGGUGGCAUUCUCAUUCGGUUGGGUGGCUUAUGGGGCCUCCGCUGUUGUAUCGGCCAUCGGCGAGAACAAACUCAUGCCGCUGCCGGACUGCAGCUGUAUCGUCAUCAACGGCAAAUCGGGCUAUGUGCGCGAGAACAUCAGUUGGAUCAUCGGACGCAUUGUGAGGGACUUUGAGGGCUGGAGGGGCCGAAGUGACCCACAGGGUAGAAUCCGCGAAUGCUUGAACACCAUCCUCAACGACCGUUGGGAGCAGGACCGCGCCAAAGCGGAGAAGACAGAACCUGGGUCUGGGGAGAAGGUGGGAAGGCCCAUCCAAGCCGGUUUGUGUGUCUCCAUAUACAAGGCUGGGCCAGCAGUCAAGGGGUGUCCAGGCUACGAUCUCGUGUACUGGAUGGGCUUUGUCACCACCAUUAUUCAACUUGGUAUCGCCGCCAUUCCCUGCGCUGUCUUUGGUGACUGGGGGAUAUUUCUGAUCACCAUUGCCGGUAUCCUACUCUCAUUCAUCACCGGGGGCCUGCCACAAUGGCGGGAAGAGAAAUGGGCGUGUCGAGAGCACUCUGAUAAGAACGUCAUCUUGACCAGAGGCAACGGAAGUCAACACGCCAUUGUCGUCCUCGGUGACGGCAAGGGGUUGGACUUGGAAGACCUAGCCGCAGGCCAGACGAACGUUGACGUCUCUGCUUCUUGGGUCAACCGGUUCUCCAUGAUCCUGCUCGCCACUCUCUGGAUCUUGCUGCUGAUCACAGCUGCCGGCAUUGAGCAGAACACAUGGUUCUUACUUGCCAUCGGCGGUCUCGGACUCCUGCAGAAUGUCUUCGUUGCCGGAUACAGACGGUAUCCUGAAGCGUAUGGAGUCCCAUUGAUAUUGGAAGACGCGGUCGGCUCACACAAGGUUAUGGAUGCCUUGUAUGCCGUAGAGGAACGAUAUCCUCAGGUUGGCGCAAGCAUGCUAGAGACUUUCUUUCCAGGCAAGCUUCGUCCAGAUGAAGAAAAGAAAUGGGAGCAAUUCGCUGCAGAUGCAAAGACGAAGCGUUCUCCCGCUUCGGCCGCAAAAACUAGCGAUGGCCAAAAUAGUGCCAACAUUCCAAAGAAUGGUUUUGUCUCUUGAGACGUGUUGGAUAAGGUAAGACACAUUAGCAUGAUGUGGUGGUCAAAGUUACAAACUUUGUGGCUUGCGUUAAACGGUUUUGGAUAACGGAAAGUAUCACCACUCAUGGUGUAUCACGACUUAUUAAUUGAGCGAAACAGCUGAGGGUAGAAGAAUAUGGGGAGUGCUGGCCGCUUCAGUGAGUUCAGGAGAACAGCGUGUUUGGCUUUCUUGUUUCAUUUGGUCGGUGUUGAAGUCUGGUGCUCUCGAUCUGAACGUUUAAGGUUUGGAAAGCGUCAUUUGGUUGCAGUUAGGGAGGCCUUUGGCAGUCUGGAGGGAUGGGCACAAUUUAUGAAAAGAGACAAAUGCGCUGCUGUCCUAUCGAGUGAUUACAUGUCGUUGAAUACUUCAGAAAGUGGUUCGGGAUUGAGCGUUGAUCUUUGCGGUGGCAUCAAGCCUUUGUUGUUUCCCGUUGGAUGAUUUUAUUUUCAAAAUAUUAGAGCCAACCCGCAGAAUCUAUCAGCAUACCGGCCUGCAUGUGUAUAGGCAAAGGUGAUGCAGCUGACUUCUCUUUGUGUCCGGAAGUGGUAUAGAAGCAGAUCUCUGUCGAAGGAGGAAUGUAAUCAGAAUAUCUGGUGCGGCUCCAUCUCACAUCCGAAAGUGGUAUCUAAGCAGAUCCUUUUGAACGAUGUCGUCCUUCUUGGCCAAAAACUCGUCCACAUC